GAAAAUUAAAAGAAAAAAAAUUGGAUUGAAACAAAAAUCACAAUGAAUCCAAAAAUUCUCGUCUUGCUCGCGCUUCUGCUGAAUCUCAUAUCCGAUUCGUUGCAAAACCCUAACCCUAAAACCCUUAAAUCAAAGCCAUCACCGGCUCACGUGGAGCUUACAAACUACGGCUUCCCCGUUGGUCUUCUUCCCGCCACCACCGUCUUGGGAUACGCCGUCAACGAAACCUCCGGCGAUUUCUCCGUCCGGCUCGGUGGCGCGUGCAAGAUCACACUCCCUCCAGACAACUACGUCGCCACCUACUCCGACACCAUCACCGGAAAGAUCUUGAAGGGGCAAAUCGCGGGGCUCGACGGAAUUAGGGUUCGCGCGUUCUUCAAGUGGUGGUCCAUCACCGGAAUCCGCUCCUCCGGCGACGACAUCGUCUUCGAAGUCGGCAUGGUCACGGCGAAGUACCCCUCGAAGAAUUUCGAUGACAGCCCCGCAUGCGAGGGCCAGCACUCUGCUUCGUGAGAAGGAGGGUAUUAGCUACUUAUUCGCAGCCUUCGUGUGUUAUGUAAUGAGAUAGCGUCCACUAAGUGCAGAUAAUUCAAAAGCCGCUCGUGUUAUGUAUAAUAUUGCAAGAUAGUGCUUUUGUAUAAUCGUAUUUAUGCUAAGUCGAAUCUACUUUGAUAUCACUUGAUGGUCACGUUACUCGCUGGACUAGUUAAUAAGGCCACUUUGGAUGUUUUUUAUUAAAUAUUCUCUGUUGCCCAUCUAUGUAGUAUAGUAUAAUAUAAUGUAGUAUAGGAUGGCUUGCCUUUCCAAAGUCAAUGCCGUGCAAAUAUGUCCCUCUUUCUUCUUGGCUGAAUGAUAGCCUAAAUAUGUGCUU